AUGUUAAUUCAAAAUUUCUUUUUAAAUAUUAUUUUUAUAAUUUUAAUCUGUAAAUAUUUCUGUCAAUGUAAUAAUCAAAAUUUAACAUUUCCCCAACAAAAUUCAACAAAAAAUAUUUUUGAAAUUAAAAACGAAAAUAAUACCUUAAUAGAGACAACAACUGAAAAUUUAAAGGAAGAAGAAGAAGAACCUGCUUGGGCUUGUGGUACAGAUGCUUUUAUUCAAAUGAUUGCCGAAUCGACAAUUGAAAAAGAUUGUCCAGACAAAAAACGUAAAUAA